AUUCAUGGCCUACAGAUUUCAUCAGGAUUUUUUCUUCUUCCUCCACAUCGCCAAAGUAAAAGUGAAGUCCCUUCCUUUUCCUUUCUUACAUGAAAACGACUUCUGUCUCUCUCUCUCUCUCCAUUGCUUUCCAUGAAAAUCCCUCGUCCAUUGUAACGUGCAAUCGUUCUUCACUUCCCCACCUCAAAUUCAUUUCAAGGUCUUAAAUUUCCAAAACCCCAUUUCCUCUCCGCCAUUGUUUUCACUGAAAGAUUUUUUUUUUCCACCAGAUGCAGCGGUUUUAUUUCCAACUGAUUUCUUCUUCUCUUUGAGUACUUUUUUCAAUUCUAGUUUUGGAGUGUUUAUUGCUAUGACUGCACCAACAUCGAUCCACUUGUUUCGUCAGAAUCACACAGCGGUAACUGUUGCUUUCCACCAGUUUGUUCAGACUAUCAAUGGGGUUAAUCAACCCAGUGGUGCUCAGAGGAGGAUUCGUGUUGUCAAAAGUAAGAAGAAUGUGAAGAAACCUAAUGUUCUUGAGGUUUCUUCUCCUUCUACUGCUGCUAAAAUCAGUGUCAGUACCAGUGGUUCACUCGCCUCUGAAACGAAGGCGCGACCCAAGCGAAGGGAAUUGGAAGAAAAGAAGAAGAAUGAUAGGGAGGUUAACGUGCAAGGGAUUUAUCAGAAUGGGGAUCCUCUCGGGCGGAGAGAGCUGGGGAAGAGCGUGGUUCGGUGGAUUGGGCAGGCCAUGCAAGCUAUGGCCUCCGAUUUUGCUGCUGCGGAGGUUCAGGGAGAUUUUUCUGAGCUCCAGCAGCGGAUGGGACCGGGGCUUACUUUUGUCAUUCAAGCUCAGCGGUAUUUGAAUGCUGUGCCUAUGCCCCUUGGACUUGAAGCUGUGUGUUUGAAAGCUUCUACUCAUUAUCCGACUCUCUUUGACCAUUUCCAGAGGGAGCUUAGGGAUGUUCUUCAAGAUCUCCAACGCCAAUCGCUGUUUCUUGAUUGGCGCGAAACUCAAUCAUGGAAGCUCCUCAAGGAGCUCGCUAAUUCAGUUCAGCACAAAGCUAUAGCGCGUAAGAUAAGCGAGCCCAAGGUUGUUCAAGGUGCUUUAGGCAUGGACCUGAAGAAGGCCAAGGCUAUACAGAACAGGAUCGACGAGUUUGCAAACCGUAUGUCUGAAUUACUUCGCAUUGAGAGAGAUUCUGAAUUGGAGUUCACACAAGAGGAGUUGAAUGCUGUUCCUACACCAGAUGAGGGUUCAGAUAAUUCCAAACCUAUCGAGUUCUUAGUCAGCCAUGGCCAAGCUCAGCAAGAACUCUGUGACACUAUAUGCAAUUUGAAUGCAGUUAGCACGUCUACAGGAUUAGGGGGAAUGCAUUUGGUAUUAUUCAGGGUUGAAGGAAACCAUAGAUUACCGCCUACAACCCUUUCACCGGGAGACAUGGUUUGUGUUAGAGUUUGCGAUAGCAGGGGUGCUGGUGCAACUUCUUGCAUGCAAGGGUUUGUGAACAAUUUGGGGGAUGAUGGAUGCAGCAUCACUGUAGCUCUAGAAUCUCGUCAUGGCGACCCUACCUUUUCUAAGCUCUUUGGGAAGACUGUGCGUAUUGAUCGCAUCCCAGGAUUAGCUGAUACUCUCACUUAUGAGCGCAACUGUGAAGCAUUGAUGUUGCUUCAGAAAAAUGGUUUGCACAAAAAGAAUCCUUCUAUUGCUGUAGUGGCUACAUUAUUUGGUGAUAAAGAUGACAUCAAGUGGAUGGAAGAUAAUAACGUGAUAGGUCUAGCUGAUACCAACCUGGAUGGCAUAGUUCUCAAUGGAGAUUUCGAUGAUUCACAAAAGAGUGCAAUUUCACGUGCUUUGAAUAAAAAGCGGCCCAUAUUGAUAAUCCAAGGGCCGCCUGGUACUGGAAAAACAGGUCUGCUGAAGGAUCUUAUUGCACUUGCUGUUCAGCAAGGUGAAAGAGUGCUUGUAACUGCACCUACGAAUGCAGCUGUUGACAACAUGGUCGAAAAACUCUCAAACGUUGGUAUAAACAUUGUUAGGGUAGGAAAUCCAGCACGGAUAUCUUCAAGUGUUGCGUCUAAGUCUUUGGCUGAAAUUGUGAACUCUGAACUAUCAAGUUUUAGAACAGAUAUUGAAAGGAAGAAGGCAGAUUUAAGGAAAGACUUGAGACAAUGUUUAAAGGAUGACUCAUUGGCUGCUGGCAUACGCCAGCUUCUGAAGCAGCUUGGGAAGUCAUUGAAAAAGAAAGAGAAGGAAACUGUGAAGGAAGUACUCUCAAAUGCCCAAGUUGUUCUUGCUACCAACACUGGAGCAGCUGAUCCUUUAAUUCGGAAGUUGGAUAAAUUUGAUCUAGUUGUUAUAGAUGAGGCGGGCCAGGCAAUUGAACCAGCUUGCUGGAUUCCAAUACUGCAGGGACGCCGUUGUAUUCUGGCAGGUGAUCAGUGCCAACUUGCUCCUGUGAUUUUGUCUAGAAAAGCCUUGGAAGGUGGUCUUGGAGUGUCAUUGCUGGAGCGAGCUGCAACCUUGCAUGAGGGGGCUCUAACUACAAUGUUAACAAUACAAUACAGAAUGAACGAUGCAAUAGCUAGUUGGGCUUCAAAGGAAAUGUAUGAUGGAAUAUUGAAGUCCUCACCAACAGUCUCUUCUCAUCUACUUGUUAACUCUCCUUUUGUCAAGCCAACAUGGAUAACUCAGUGCCCCUUGCUGUUGCUUGACACUAGAAUGCCAUAUGGUAGUUUGUCAGUUGGCUGUGAAGAGUACUUAGAUCCAGCUGGUACAGGCUCAUUAUAUAAUGAAGGCGAGGCAGAUAUUGUCGUGCAGCAUGUCUGCUCAUUGAUUUAUUCUGGUGUCAGCCCAAGAGCAAUCGCAGUGCAAUCUCCUUAUGUUGCUCAGGUACAGCUAUUGAGGAACAGGCUUGAUGAAAUUCCUGAAGCUGCUGGUAUUGAGGUAGCGACUAUUGAUAGCUUCCAAGGCCGGGAGGCGGAUGCGGUGAUCAUAUCAAUGGUAAGGUCAAACAAUCUCGGAGCUGUUGGAUUUUUGGGAGACAGUCGCCGGAUGAAUGUGGCCAUAACAAGGGCAAGAAAACACGUAGCGCUAGUCUGCGAUAGCUCGACAAUAUGUCAAAACACAUUCUUGGCAAGGCUAUUACGCCAUAUACGUUAUUUUGGAAGAGUGAAGCAUGCCGAACCAGGUAAUUUUGGAGGAUCUGGUCUUGGAAUGAAUCCAAUGUUGCCAUCCAUUAAUUAGGGAAUUAUUUGGCAGUUGAAGUUUGCUUUCAAACCGAGGAAAGAUACACUGUGUUAAUACUUGAUUGUUGUCUUCUUCAUCCUCUUCCUCGGUUCCAUGUACAGCAUUCCUUUCGCCUUAGAAAAGAAAACCAAUGAAAACUAUUGUGCAUUGAUAACUUGUAUAUAAAUUUUGAGAUUAUAAUCACACACACAUUCUUAUAGAA